CAUAAAUACUCUGUCAGACCGAGCACACAACAGCUCAGUAACUCGUGAGUGUCAGAAACCUCCUCACUGUGGAAGGAAAGCAAGAUUUUUUCUGGGUCUAAAUCUUCGUUUCUACUUGUUUUCAACAUGUCCGACAGAUUAGAUGACACUCUCGUUAUGAAGCUGAUCAAAUUGGGUUCGGAAGAAUCCUUUGGUCAGCACCAUACUACUUCGGGGACACCUCGUUUGAAUCGAUCGACCUCAUUCUACUCACCGAUUUCCAAGAAACUAAGCCCGAGCUCCGAACAUCUGGCUCUAGGCUGGCCAUUGGACAUUUGGAGUGAAACUCCGACCAGCAAACAGUUCUCAUCCAGACCCGACCGCUCCAUGAGUCUGACUGAAGCUGGUGCUCUCACGUUCAGCAAAAUGAAGACCAACGAAGUGCCUCCCCCUCCUGGCUUUCCACCGCUCAACAAUCCCGCAGCUCUACCUUCCAAUCGAUACAAAACCGAACUGUGCCGUAGCUUUCAGGAGAACGGCAGCUGCAAAUAUGGAAGCAAAUGCCAGUUUGCCCAUGGGGAGUCCGAAUUGCGCGGUCUGCACAGGCACCCUAAGUACAAAACAGAGGCAUGUCGCACUUUUUAUAACUUUGGCUACUGUCCGUAUGGUGCUCGGUGUCACUUUAUUCACGAAGAGAAACCAGCCCUGCAGCACCAUAACCAGGCACCCACCACCAAUCAGCCUCGCCUUCUCCGCCAGAGCGUCAGUUUUGCUGGAUUCCUGGCAUCACGGAGCUCUCCUCCGCCGGCAGUGAACGACACUCUGGGCUUCACCCGUGCUCCCUCGGUGUCCCCACCUCCUGCCGACCUGCUCUCCCCAGUUUUCUCUGAGUCUGGCACUCAGUCCAUGAAAAAUGCGUUUCAGUUCUGUCACAGCCGCCCGAGUUUAAGCGACAUCCACAACAUUCCUCAGAUAAUCGAGCCGCCAAAGUCCCCAUGCUGCGUUUGUGGUCACGGAAAUAACUUCGCGAACAGCCUGAACAAAUUUUACAUAAAGGAAGACACCACAUAUGUCCACCAGCAAAUCCUCCAGCGAUCCCCUUCCGAAGAUUCGCUCUCGGACCGGGACAGUUAUAGCAGCACUGGCAGCACAAGCGGGUCCGAGUCGCCAACUUUCGACGGCUUGGGGAGCAAGCGUCUCACUGUUUUUGAACGCCUGUCACUGUCAGAUUAAGGACGCUCGGCAGCAGGGACGAUACUGAUUUAGAAUCUAAACGAACUUUUAAGGUUCAAUUCUACAGAUACAAAUUUUGAGAAUGCGCAACAACACUUUAUACUGUUUAUUUAUGUUCACAGAUGACUUGCUCAGUGGAUUUUUUGUACACGCCUGUCUGUUAUUCAAAGCUAUAUUUUUUAUAAUUGUGUAUCUUUCGUAUAUUUUCUAUUAUAGUCUUCCUUUAUUUCCUUUCGUCUAAUUGCCAAACAUUCAAAUGAGAUAUUAAGUGAUUUCUACAUAAUUUGUCACUGACGUGAAGCCUCUAAGCUUGGUUUUGUUUAUCAAAAAAAGAAAAAAACACACCCCCAUUAUAUGACGUUUCUUCCAGGAAUGAAUAUUUUUAAUGUUCUUUUCUAUACAUAUUACGACACAGCUAAAUGUCAGUAUUGGAAAAAAAAUAUAUAGUUAAGCCAUCAAUGUGACAAACUUGAAAUGGAAAACUUAAGAUAUUUACCCACUGUGAUUUGCACUUUAAACUGUAUUGGGAGAGAACUCUCUGCAUGUAGCAUUUAACCAAAGCUUCAGACUUUUCUACUUUUAAAACUUUUGUCAUUAAGACAUUCUUUUCUGCGUGAUUUGCAAUGCCUUGGCAAAAUAUUUGGAAACGGAAUGUAUGUCUGCGCAUACGAAUUAGUUCCAGCGUUGCCAACAUUGCUCGACAGUCAAAUUGUCUCAACCAUUCUGUAGACAAUAUUCGUUGAUGCAAACUGUAGGGCACUUCCCGAUAUAUGGUGUUGCCAUAACCAAAAUGUUGUUUAGAGAGAUGUUUGUGUUACGUAAUGAUUUGACAACCCUGGUUGGGAUUUUAGUCGGCUCAUCUU